GAUGUUUAUUGUUUCAGAGUAUAUUCCUGCAAAAUGUCUAAUUGGUUGUAGGUAUGGAUGAUGUUACUGAGCUUGAAAAGUUCAGAGUACCAAGUACUCCGCCACGAGUAUAUUAUUUGCCAAACUUUAUAACUCAUAAUGAGGAAAUCUAUCUUCUUGGCGAAAUAAAGAAAACACCAGGACCUCGAUGGACUCAACUGUUGAAUCGGCGGCUGCAAAACUGGGGAGGGAUUCCACAUCAUCGCGGAAUGAUUGCUGAAAACAUUCCUCCCUGGCUCCAGUGUUAUGUUGAUAGAGUUAAUAAUUUGAAUAUUUUUGGAGGGAAGAAAGCAAACCAUGUUCUUCUCAACGAGUACACAUCAGGACAAGGAAUAAUGCCACAUCUCGAUGGAUCUCUCUUCUCUCCAACAAUAUCAACAAUUUCCCUGGGUUCCCAUACUGUCAUUAACUUUUACGAUCAGGAUAACGGAGAGAAUGGUUUAAUGAAUCCUUUAGAAAAAAGGUUGAUUUUAUCUUUAUACCUGGAACCCAGAAGUCUACUAGUUCUUCAGGAGGAUAUGUACAACAACUACAUGCACGGUAUCGAAGAAAAAACAAAGGACGAAUAUAAGGAGUAUGCCAACUUUCCAUCUCAACUCUUUGAAGGGGUCCUGGAGAGAGAAACCAGAUAUUCUCUUACCAUCCGACAUGUUCCCAAAACAACGAAACUCAAAAUUAAGUUUGGGAAGUAGGCUGAGGGAAAUCGAUGAAACGAGAAACAGAAAUGGUAGUAAACGAACCAUUAAAAGCAUUUUGUAAAUAACCACAAUGUAUUACUGGCCGGGUACCAACAAAUUUCAUUCUGUGAUCUUUAAAAAAUUAUUGUAAUAACUGCAUUUAAUUUGCCUUUUUUUCAGA